CUUACACACCCAAGCUCACUCUCACUCUCACUCUCCACUUGCUGAGUGUGCAAGUCCCAACAAUGGCGACACUGUGAAAUGUGAGCGGAUAAAAAGGCAUAUAAAAUAGUUCCAACUAUUCGUUUCCCGAUUGAACCACAUACAGCUUGAAACAUGGGAAGAUCUAGCGGAUAUUGCUUCAAAAUCAUUGCUUGUGGCGGCAGCUCUGAAUCUGUCGAUAGAGACGACCUCGAUGCUUCUUCGGAGAAUAAAGUAACCAACGAUAAAAGAGGAUGGAGUUUUCGCAAAAAAUCAUCAGGGCAUCGAGUGUUAAGCAACACUGUAAAUGUAAUAACAGAAAUACCUUCUUCUGAUGAUAAAAAGAGCUCAGAACCUGUUAUUAUCAGCUCAGAAGCAAUCAUCAGUGAGAAAACUUCUACAAAUCAAUGGACAGAAACAGAAGAAUUUUCUAGGGUUUCAACUUCGAAUACCAAGGACAAUGUGGUGACCAAUUUGGUGACAAAAGCUGUUGAUGAAGAUGAAAUUAAAUUUGACUCAAGUCCUGAUGAAUCAUCCAUCAUUAUCAUCCAAACUGCUGUUAGAAAAUUCUUGGCUGAAAGAGAAGUUUUGAGGCAUAAAAAUGUGGUGAAAUUUCAAGCUGUUGUUCGAGGGCAUUUGGUUCGUUGUCGUGCUGCUGGAACUUUGCGUUGCAUUCAAGCAAUUGUUAAAAUGCAAACUCUUGUUCGUGCUCGUCAUUCUAAAAUAUCUAUUAAAAGAUUAUCUAUUGGAGAAAAGGGAAUACAAGAAUCCAAUACAAAACCACACCCAACUUAUAUCUCCAUCGAGAAGCUUCUAAGUAACAGAUUCGCAAACCAGCUAAUCCAAUCCACACCACGAACCAAACAAAUCAACAUCAAAUUCAAACCUUUGACCACCGCCCCCACUCCACCCGUAUCCGAGGCUGAGCCGCCCAAACGUCCGGCAAAAAGGGCGGCAACCGAACAAGCCGAUUCCGAAGGAAGAAAGUCCGUAUUCGGAUCAAGAAAAACAAUCAAUCCAUCAUUCAUCGCCGCCCAGUCAAAGUUCGAAGAGUUGACUUCCAAAACCACCACCGAACCACCACCACCACCGGCGGCGCCCAAAACCGCUGCACCGCCGGUUUACGAAAGCUUAAAAGUGGUUCGAACCGCCGGCUCAGAAUGUGGAACCGAACUCUCGGUCACCUCCAUGCUCGACUCACCCGAUCCAUCGGAAUCCGAAAACAUCGAAACCACCGAGUCAACUCACGAUCUUCUAGGCACCGAGUUGACUCACUCCAUCACAAUUCCACCCGAAACAAACAAUAUCAUUAUCAACCAAAUUACAAAAUCGCCCCUCGAACCGGAGUUAGAACGAACACCUUCGAGUGAAAGAAAAUCAUCGAGUGAUGUUAAACCUCGAAGUGAGAGAAAAGCAUCGAGUGAAAAAGAAAAAGAAAAAGAAAAACCGAAGAUGUGGUCGAAUAGCAAGAAACUAAUGUCUCCGAUUUCGAGGGGUAAUUUGGAGAAUUUACCGAAGGAGGGUAAAAGUGGAAAACGAAGGAAUUCUUUUGGGUCACAAAGCUCGGAGAUUGAUCAUCAGGAAGCGAGGGAUAGUAGUUAUAGUAAUAGUAAUAGUAAUAGUAAUUAUAUACCGAGUUAUAUGCAAGUGACUGAGUCAGCAAGAGCAAAAGCUCUUAAUAGCUCUCCAAGGUUAAGUCCAGAUGUUAAAGAGAAAGAGAAAGAUGCGUAUUUGAAAAAGAGACAUUCGAUGCCUGGUGCUGUGAAUAGUAGGCAUGAUUCGCCUCGUUUGAAAAGGUCUUCACCUCAGAGUCAACAAGGUCAACAGACUACAAAGGGAAAUGAAAGCCGAGAGAGGAAAUGGCAGACUUAAAAGUUCGAGAUCUUACAUCUGCGUUGAUUGUCAGUUAGUCUUGCAAGAUAUCUUUUUAUUUUAUUAUUAUUAUUCUUUUUUUUGGGGGGGUUUGUUUGUUUGUAAACUAAGUUACAUGUCAUUUUUUGUUUUUGAUUGGUGGAAAAUAUUUGGUUAAUUUAUGGAUUUUUGAGAUAAUAGAAUUU